ACUAAAUGUGCCUGCCCAGAACACAAGAUUGCUGCACAAUCUGCAAUUCUGGGGAGCUUCUGCAUGAAGUACAUUCCUAAAGUGAGGUUCAGUUUCUAUGAAUAUCUCUGAGCUUAAAUAGGGUUCACAAGGCCACACACUACAUUUAAAGGAACAAGUAUGUUGCUGCUUUUAGAAAGGAGGGUGACUUGAAUAUGCAAUCAGUUUUAUGACAUAUGUACAAAUGCCUUGUUCCAAAAACACACUGUAACAAAAGGCAGUGACUAAUUGGAUUAUUUUCCACUUGUUUACAUCCACUGGUUAGGCUCAAUACUAAAUUCUCUGGGGGCAUGUUAUGUGUAUUUAAAACUAGCAAGUGGAUAGCAUGAGCUUUAUUGUCACAACUUCCUUUUGCUUGGAAUGAAUUAGUUAAAAGAAGAACAGAAGUAAGGAUAACCAAGACCAAUGCCAAAAGCUUUUGGAAACAAUCUGAAAGUAGAAUUGAAAGAAUGUCAUUUUUCUCUACAUCUAGUAUAAAGAAGCAAAGAAGAAACAGUCAUUUGUGUUUCUCAUAUACAGUACUUGAAGGCAGGAAAAUCAUAUUUUUGGGAUCUGAGAUGUUUCAGCAUAUAUAACAGCCUCUAGUUAUCAGGGUCAAAUCCUUUGCUCUGUCUGGAACAUCAAGACUUAAAUCAGGCUGUUAAUGAGGCCACACCUCUCAAAUCUAUAUCCAAUAGCAAUUUUAAUCAGAAUGAAUACUACUUUUCUACAAGAUACUCUCUAGGCAAUUUGUGUAAUCGAAUAGAACCACAGUUAAAAUAUUGAGAAACAAGCUUCCACUACAAUUUUACCUGUGUCCUUGAGGCCAAUGAGAUCAGCAGUUCCAGGCACACAGAACUCUUCCUGGAGAAAGUUGAUGGAAGUGCUAGGGGAUCUGUGUAAGUCCUUUCCCCAGCCUUCUUGGUGGUGGUACUGUCCUAUUGAACCCUUAGUGGUCACCCCCACACCCACUGUCCUAGAACUAACAUCUUGUUACCAGGCCCAGAUAAAAAGAGGCUAGUGACCUUGAUUCUCAGCAGCAAUCAGAAUCUGCAAAAUACAUUUUGCUUCUGCUAGCACUGGCUAUCUGUUGUCUUUGAGGUAUGAUGUACUGUUUUUACCAAAUAAAAGAUCUAAACCCUGAGAGCUAAUGCGAUGUGAUUAGAGUAUUGGAGUGGGGACCUGGGAAACUGGAUUCUAGUCCCCAUUUGGUCAUGAAUUUGCUGGGUGAUUAGGUCAAUCACUAAUUCUCAGCCUAACCUACCUCACAGGCUUGUUGGUGUGAGAGUGGAGUGAAGGAGGAUUCUGUGUGCUACCUUGGGAUCUUACCAGGAGGAAAAAAGGAGGGAUAUGAAUGUGAUGAAAGCAUUUCCUCACCCAUGCAUCAUCCAACUACCUACAAUUGUCAGUCUAUACCAUCUUGAUGGUAUUCUGCACUGUUUUGUAAUGGAACCAAGAAGAAUAAUCUCAGAGGAUGACUUAUUCUGAAUCUUUGCGUUUUGUUAAUUUACUUUGCUAUAUGCUAACCCUAAGCAUAUAGCAAAGCAUUAUCUUUGCAAAAUGUUUUUGGUCAGUAUAUAGUGGCUAUAAUUGCAUUUGAAGCAGUUUUUGCUUAGUUUUGAGGAGGGAAUGUGAGAGAGGAUUUUAAAUUAUUAGCCACCAUAAGCCUUAUGAUGGGCUAAACAGGCAAAGGUUCUGAUUAAGUUUUGCCAAGAGCAUCCUACCCUGUGCAAAUGAAUGGUUGGCAUAUUAGAAAAGUGAUGCAUUUAGGUAAAACCUGCAUUGUUUGUGGUUCUGUCUCUUUUCCUUUGUAGCUCCCAGUGAAAAUUCUGAAUGCUCAUUUGCAGCUUACCUUCAUGUUUGUGGGAACACUGAAGGGAGGGAAAGGGAACAUGUGAUAUUCUGAUGUUGGACUGCAAUUCCCAUCCUUCACCACUGGCCAUGCUGUGGUGAUGGGAAUUGUAAUCCAACAGCAUCAGAGGGGCCAUAGAGUUUCCUCUCCUGAUCUAAAGACUUUCAUAGGAGGCUUCCUUCAUGGAGUCAGACCACUGGUCCAUCUGCCUUGGUAUAAUCUAGACAGCAACUUGUAGCAGCUGUAAUGGAUUUUAGUCAGGUCUUUCCCAGCCCUCAUUGAAGAAGUGAGGGAAUGAACCUGGGACCUUCUUCAUGCAACAUGCACAUGGGGAAACCCUUGGGCGGCUGCUUGUGUGGUGUUGCUUUUGGAUUUAGCGAUGCAAUAUUAUAUCCUGCCCUUUUCAAACAACUCAAGGUGCCUUACCGAAUUCUCCUCCUUGCAGUCUUAUCUGCGCAACUCCUUUGUGAGGAAGCCAAGGCUGCGAGUCUGAUGGGCCCAAAGUCACCCAGUGAGCUCCAUGGCUGAAUGGGGACUAGAACCCAGAUCACCUGUGUCCCAGACCUGCCCUCUUAACCACCAUACCACACUGGCUCUCUAUGAUAAGACAGAAAGAAGGAAUAUGUACAGAAAGAAUGAAGGAAGAAGUGCGGGAGGGUAUGACAGCAGAGUGCAGACUUGUGGAAGUGCGUUGUAUCCAAUAUUAGUCCAACUUAAGUCUCAUUCACUUGAUUGGGCCUGCUCUAAGUAGGGGUAGCUAUCAGCAGGAUUCAGCAAGACAAGUGGUGAAGAGCCUUAUGGUGUGCAGAGAGGCCUGUGGUGUGAAGAAAGCAAAAAUGCCUGUGUGUUGCCAGGGAGGCUGAAGAGACAUGUGGAUUGGGAAAGGAGAGGAAAAAGGAAAGGGGGAGAACAAUCAGUUGAAAGAGGAUGCAAAAAUACUUGCAGUGAUGGAGGGCAAGAGACACAAGAUGUGGUGCACAGAGAAAAAGAAGCAACCAAAUCAGCUGAGUCGAUAUGGGAGGACAUAAAGAGAGAAAAGACUGAUAGAAUGGGUUUAACAAAACACCCAUGAUAAUGCGAAGAAAGAAGACUGGUGCACAGAUAGGGGAAAGGGUGUUAGCAGAAUGUAAAAAGAAAAGAUCUCGUGAACAUGUUACCAAAAUUCAUUUGGUAAACAUAUGAAUGUGACCCUCAUUGAAUUUCAUAACAAAAGCAGCCCUCAGAAUGAUCUGAGCGGUGUGCCCCUACCUUAGUUAAUAAAAAGCUGGGUCUUUUUGUGGCUUCAUUUCAGUGGGAGGGAAACUAAGCACUUAAAGAUAAUGACCAGGUUUCAUGGAAAGCCCAUAAAUUCCGAGAUUGCCCACAGCAAAUGGUAGUAAUAAUUUGGGAUGCUGUGAAACCACUAGUGUUGGGAGUUAUAGUAUGUUUGCUUUCCAUGAGCUGUAAUCUCUAAACUAGUCCUCUCAGAAUUAACAUGUAAAAAGCAAAUCUACCCCCAACCUUUAAUUAGCUGUUACUAAUCUCCCUGAAUUACAUUGGAGAACAAAUAAGGAAAAUGUUGGGUUUCUAAGAGAAUUCUGGGAAGUCUGUUGACAUCCUGAAGGGUCAGGCAAUCAGCAGUGCUUUGGAGGAGCCUAAUAUUAACAAGCUAAUGAGAAGUACUUGAAGUAGUGCUAAAAGGAUCUGAAAAAGAAGUUCUUGGCAGGCAUACGGAUUUGUUCCACACUAUUCUGACUUAAAGCUGGAAAGUAUCUUGAGCUGCCAACUAGCCUAUAAUCAAUCAGUCUGUCUGUCUGUCUGUCUGUCUGUCUGUCUAAUAGAGCCAUGUUCUAUCGGAAACUAGGAUUUGGGAUCUAAAAGGAGAAAAAAAUCUAUAUUCUUCCAAGUUCUGCUAACAUCCACUGGCACAGGACCUGCAUAAAGAGUAGGCAUGGGUGGUCACCUGCUGAGGGCCCACUCCCACUGGCAAGAGCCUCCAAAACUCACUCUCCCUUCUCAUCAUUGCCUCCUGGUUGUUUGCUGGUCUCUCACUCUGGCCCAGACAAAGUUGGUGAGAAGAGGGAGCAGUAGAUGCCGCUGCCUACAUGCUCACUGGCUUUCUGCCUGUCAAGCAACAAGUGAUGAGAAAGGAUGAGGAGCAAACAGCUGUGAGUGACAGUGGUGGGGAGGCAGCAGAUUUGCUGAGGGAGGGGUGAGAGUGUCUUGCUCAAGGGCCCUCAGAUCUAGAGCCAAGACCACACCUGUAGUUGGACAACUGGCUGAUGCUGGGAAUUUAAGUCACUUCUGGAGGGUGCCAUAUUGAGGAAGGGUGGACUUGAUUAUAGCAUUGCUCCAUUCCUAAUCAUCCCAAGUACUCCCUUGGCUCUGCUUGCCCAUGUUCUCUCUUCAAGCCUGCCCAAGGGGCUUGUACUCUUGAAAUCAAAAGGUGUCAACUAUAACAAUACCUUCUGGCGUAACAUGAGUUCAUUUCUCUGGAUGAUUAUGUGAUUGACUAUAGUCCCUGCUGCAGAUGUUGGAUUCAAUCCAGCUUUGUCCAUUCAGAAAUAGAAUGGAUUUCCUCUCACUGCUGGAGCCCCCAGACCUGUUUGGAAAGCUUUCUGGAACAGAUCUGGGGGCAUGGGGUGGGGGGCUAUAGAAAGCAGGACAGGUGAGUCCCAUUGUGUGAGUAGAAGUCCUAAUGCAGAACUGGAGUUUUGCUUGUGCAGUUGUUGGACCCAACCCAUUCUACCAUUUUUUAAAGAAUUGCCAUAGCUCCAGUGUCUAGCUUCUUGCACCAAGUGUGUGAAGCCCAGUCAGAGACACCUUCCAUGCACAGGGCAAGCCUUUUAUUUUCCAAUCAUGCAAGGCAAUUAUACAGAGUGUACAGAUGGUUCAGGGUGGAGUAAAGCACUCAGACAUGUUCAGAUAACAAAGCAGCUGAAUAGGCUUAAUCAGAAAUAGCUUAAACUUCCCAAAUCUAUCCGAGGGUCACUGUUAGGAAGCUUCUACUAAGGGGUUGUUGGGGGGUUUUUUAGUUAUGUCCCCCACACCCACGCAUCCAUUCUUGCUUCACAAAUUAAACAGUAUAAAGGCCACAAGCAAAUGCUGCAAACCAAUACUUUAUUGUGCUGCCAUAUGACAGGUGAGGUCAAUAGUGCUGUUUUCCUCUUUUGUUAGUAAGGACAGAGUAGGAAAAAUAAAUCAAAAUGGUGCUUAGGGGCCAUGGAAGAGAUCAAGGGCAAUGGAUGCUUGAAAAGGAAGGCCGCUUUGCAAACUACCCUUGCAAAUCUGAAUUUCUAAAGACAGAGGAGUUGACAGUAAGGAUUAUAAACUGCUAGAAUCCUAGCUUAGAAGGGGAGCUGAGAUGAUCCAGCAGGUUCACUUGCACCAAAGAUGUAAGUUUCUUUCCUGAAUCUUUUAGUAAAGUAUACAUCAAGAGCAAUGUAUUGGUUAGGAUAUCUUUUAGUAAGGAUUAGCAGAUACAAGGGGACAAAAACAGACUGGAGAAGGGAUGCACCUAACUCAGAAAUACUGUUCUGUCCCAGGAUGUUUAGUUCCGAUAAACCCUUAGGAGAGGGAGACCUGCGGAAGUUACUGAAGCUUUAUCGCACAGAAAUUUCAAUGGCAGUGGAUGAUGUCUUCCCAUUACUUCAUGGACUUGCAGAUCAUGAAGUUGUGACUGAAGAGAUGUUCAAGGUGAGAGGAACAGGACCAAUUCUGAGCUUACCUGCUCUUCAGUUUAUAGUUCUGGAAUCUCAAAUUACGAACAGCAUAGAAUUUGUUUUGAAUACCUGCCUUUUAGGUUAUAUGAAGCCACCGUUUGACUCACUUUCAGCCUUCAUUUUCUUUGUUUUAUCUCUGAAGUUUUUUUAAAUCUUUUUGAGGGGGGAAUAUAUUUGCAUUUCUAUAUAUCUUUCAUUCUGUAUAAAACUUUGAAUAAAUGUACAUGUGUUUUGGUUUAAAAAUAGCUUACAUUCAUAUAGCAGGCAAGGGAGUUUAAAAAGAGAUACUAAUUCUGAAGUAAGUGGGAACACAAGACUUAAAUAUUGUUAGUAUUUUAUUGGGUUUUAUUUGCACAUAAAAUAGGUUUUAUUUGAACAUUUUAUUAUGUAAUUUUAUAGUUUACUAGCCUGCUUUUCAGGGUAGAAAGCCUCACAAAGUAGAUUUCAACAUAUUUUUAAUUACAAUAGGUUUUGGAGCCAUUAUGACAAUUUUUCAGGUCCAUACAUCUGCUUUAUUCUGCUUGUAUAAACCUUUUUCAGAGUCCAGUUCCAGAAACAAAGAAGCUUUCAUCAGAGGCUGAUGCUGGGUGUACUGCAGCAUCAGCUUAUAGUGGGAAAUGUCAGGGAUGCACUGGACAUUAAACAAAGUUCAUGGUGUAUUUUGAAAAUCCCUGCAGAUAACUUUGAGAUUAUAAGUCUGGUGUCUUGUGAACUUGUAUUGCUUUGUAGUCUAGCAUGGGAACAUGAGGCCCUCCAGAUGUUAUUAGACUCCAGCUCCCACAAUCCCUGGCUGUUGUUCAAGAUGGAUCCAAUGGGAAUAGGAAUUCAUUACUGUCUACCUGUAGACCCUGAAAAUCCAGGAUGACACUCUUCACCGGAAGGAGAAGGAAGGCUGCCACAAGGCUUUUCAUGCAAUGUUGACAUGGCUACUGAACCAGGAUUCACCUUCUAUCCAAGACUUCUGGAGGGUCCUUUUCAAGGAUUAUAACCUGGAGAGGUAUUCUAAACUCCAGUCCAUUCGGAGCAGCUUUCCUAAAGAUAUGGAUCUCAACAGGCAUCGCAGGGCAAGGAGACUCCCAACCAGUCCUAAGGCCCUGACUCCACAGAAGCCUCAAGGAAAGAGGAAGGUGGCAGAAGAAAAAGAUGCUUCCUAUCUUCUUCAGCCUUCAGCUAAAGGCGACUUGCACCUUGGGUCCCUCCCAAGGGCAAAAGUUAUGAAGAAAUCAGAGAAUGUUGAGAUUCAGCAUUACCCACUUCUAAAUAGUGAUACUAAGAAAUGUAUCAGAAUUGGUGAAUUUUAUGCAUCCAGCAAAUUGGAAGAGCUUGGAGAGAGGAAUAAAGCUGCAGAAGUAAAGGCCAGCAUGAAAGCCAAUGACUCUCAGACCUCUGAAUAUAAUGGAGAUAAUAAAUCACAUUUGCAGGACAGAAGCCACACCAUCCCUUUUCACGCUGUGGAUCCAGCUCCACAACAGAAGAACGAUGAUGAAUGUGCCAUCUGCAGAGAUGGUGGAGAACUGAUCUGCUGUGAUGGAUGUCCCAAAGCCUUUCAUCUUUCCUGCCUUGUACCACCACUGACUGAGAUUCCCAGUGGCACAUGGAGGUGUGAUUCCUGCCUACCUGGGAAGGCGAAACAGAGCAGACACAAUGAAGAAGAGAACAAGAGAGAGCCGCUUUCUCAAACUCAGGGCGCUGUGUAUGUCCAGAGGAUAACUGAAGAUGGGAAGAGAGUUCUCAUCAAAGAACCUGUGUGUACUUCCUUCAGACAGCCUCUGCCUUCUCUGUCCCCAGUUUCCAUGGCAGUACAACCAACAGUAGAGGCUGUGGGAAUAGAGAAACAGCUGAAACUGACUCUUGGUGACAAGUGCGGUGUAUGCAGGAAAGGAGGAGAAAUUAUCUACUGCAAUAAAUGUUUCAGGGCUUUCCACUGGCCCUGCCAUUUUCCUGCCCAUGCAGAUCAAAUCAGUGGAAACUUGAUCUGCAAGUCCUGCUCUGGCAGCCCUGCCACCAAGAACUCGGAAGAAGCGACCAACUCAAAUCCUCCAACACUGCAAGCAGUGAAGGUGGUAGAGGAAUCUGCUGGGACUGAACCUGUUUUGAACAGAGAUGAACUGGACUCUUUCCUAGGGGAGAAUACCUUUGAUGGGAUCUUGCAUUGGGCAUUCCAGAGCAUGUCUCGUCCACUGUCAGACACCCAAGGAUUUUUCUCCUAGGACUCUGGAUGUCACACUUGUGUGUAUGUGUAACUUUAGAUAUUGCUUUCAUUUGUUUGUAGCCAAAAUACUGGCAUUCAAAAUAAUGUAGUCCUUGUAUUGGUGUGGCGAUAAUUCUGCUUUAAUUUCUGUAACUGUGGUUACUUUUUGUUGAGAGAAUGGAUUUAUUUUUCAAUCUAUACCUGAGUAUCAGGCCAGUCAGGCCAGUCUCCCUCAAAUAAUUGCACAGCAGGAGUAUUAAUUGUAAGUUAUUUCAAAGCAGACUCCUCACAAAAAGUUUCUGAAAACUGAUGUCUCUAUGGUUUUGAAUAAAAGGUGUUGAAGACAUGGCGUUAGCCAUAUUACUCCUUUGGGAAAACCCUAGAAAUCAGUGUACCCUAACAGCAGGAGUCAAAACAGUUUGGCAGAACUGAACAAUCACUCUCAAAUGAAUUAUUGAGAUUUAGGAUGACUAUAUAAGGGAAAUUGAACCCCUUUUUCCUUUUAUUUCUUCCUGUAACAUAUAAUAGCAUUGCUAAUAAAGUUUUGCUGACAUUCUGAGCUCUUAGUUA